GGAAAUAAACAUUAGAAAGAAAGUGCUUUGCUCGAGGCAAGCCGUAAGGCGGCGGGCGCGAGCAACACAGCGACGGACGCGUUCUGUUUGUAAACGGGCGGCGCGCCUCAGUGGUGUGUGUGUUCGGCAACCGCUCCAGAAAUGUCGUCGCCGGUGAUGGGAACGACGCGGCGGAGAACUGCUCGGCGAUCAGUGGUGUGAGACGCGACCUACGGCCGUGUCGCGAUGUCGACGAAGAGGCUCUGCGAUCGGUGACUGCCCGCCCCGCCAGCGCCGGACUUGGCGGAGGGGCUCGUCCGAGCUUCUCGGUCGCCGCCAACAUGGCGACCUUUUCCCACUGGGUUUGGGUCGUCGUUUGGACGCAGUUCGUGCUUUUCCUGACGCUUUUGUCGCCGGUGAACGGGCAGAGGGUUCUCUGUCCGUUAGGGUGCUCGUGCCUGGGCUCUUUCGUCGACUGCUCUCGACGCGGAUUGACCAAAAUACCGACGGAUUUGCCGACGUGGGUCGAGAUUCUGGAACUUCAGCACAACAACAUCGCCCAAGUUCCGCCGGAGUCUCUUCUCAACUUGACGCAACUCAGACAACUAGACCUAAGCCACAACAACCUUUCCAACCUGGAUGCCAUUGGAGUGCAGCAGGUUCCAUCUCUCAGGCAGCUAAAAAUAUCGCACAAUCAUCUGAUCGAAAUUCCUGACCUGGGCAACCUUCAGCAUCUUGGAGAACUUCAUCUGGCCCACAAUGAGAUCCAGAGCCUGGGGCAGAACCUGCUCAAGUACCCGAGUCUGAGGAGUCUCGACCUAAGCUUCAACAAGAUCACAGUCAUCCCCAUGGGCGUCUUUACCAACAGCUCCAGGCUGCUUCAACUGUCUCUAAACUCUAACAAGGUGUCGAGCGUAGAAAAGGGUUCCCUGGACAACCUGACGAGCUUGGAAACAUUGAGGCUCAACAAGAACCACCUUGUUACCAUUCCCAAGGACCUGUUUCUCAAACUGCAGGCCCUCAAGCAGCUAGAACUGAACAAAAACCGAAUCCGAGCGAUUGAGGGCCUCAGUUUCAAGGGUCUGGAGUCGUUGGAGUCCCUGAGUCUCCGCAGGAACAGCAUCAGCCACCUGUCCGACGGGGCCUUCUACUACCUUGGCAAGAUCCAGAACCUAAACCUCGACUUCAACAACAUCACAGUUGUGACCAAGGGCUGGUUGUAUGGCCUCUCUGCCUUAAAGUUGUUGAACCUGACCGGCAACAGCAUCACCGAAGUGGGCAUGGACGGUUGGGAGUACUGCCGGAAGUUGACACACUUGGACCUGACUUCCAACAAGCUGCAGGCCAUUACCACUAGCACAUUUGCAAAGGCAGAGUCCCUUCGCUUCCUCUAUCUUGGCCACAACAUGGUCUCCUACAUAGAGGAAGGUGCCUUCAAACACCUGAAUCACCUCAAGACCUUGCACCUGGACCACAAUGAGAUCUCGUGGACCAUGGAGGACACCAACGGCCCUUUCUUGGGCCUAAGCAGCCUGGUGCAGCUGACGCUGUCGGACAACUCCAUCAAGUCUCUGACGCCGAGGGCCUUUGCGGGCCUCGGGAGGUUGCAGUCCCUGGACCUCUCUGGCAACCCCGUGGCCACCAUCCACCAGAGCACCUUCGCACCACUCCGCAGGAGGCUCACGAACCUUAAGCUGGACAGUGGGAGCCUGCUGUGCGACUGCAACCUGCGCUGGCUGCCCGCCUGGAUCGUGAGCAUGGGCUUUCAGGGGAAGGUGCAGGUGCGCUGCGGUCACCCCCUGCCCCUCCAGGGGCGCCUCGUGCUCGACGUCGGCUCGGAGAACUUCACCUGUGACGACUUCCCCAAGCCCCAGAUCCUUGAGAGUCCAGAGACCCAGAUUGCGCUCAAGGGACAAAACAUCACCCUCGUCUGCAGGGCAGCCACGGCAAGCAGCUCUACACUGGAGUUUCAGUGGAGAAAAGAGCAGAAACUGCUCUCGAAUCUGGAGAUGGAGCUUCACGCUAGUGCAGAGCCCAACGGUGUGACGGUGUACACGAGCCAUCUGCACCUGCGCAACAUCCAGGACAAAGACGAGGGCCGCUACCAGUGCGUCAUCCGGAACCAGUUUGGUUCCGUGUACUCCAACCAGUCGCACAUCAGCGUCUAUGUGUUCCCGAUGUUCGUAAGGACCCCCACCAACGUGACGGUGCGUGCGGGGGGCACUGCCCGCCUGGAGUGCGGGGCCGUGGGCCAGCCGACCCCGACGGUAGCUUGGCAGAAAGACGGGGGUGACGACUUCCCCGCGGCCAGGGAGCGCCGCAUGCACGUCAUGCCCACGGACGACGUCUUCUUUGUCGUGGGGCUCAAGGCGGCCGAUUCCGGGGUCUACACAUGCACGGCGCACAACCCUGCCGGCAUGGUGCGCGCCAGUGCCACCCUGACGGUGCUCGAGGCCCCGGCGUUUGUGCGUCCGAUGAAGAGCAAGCAGGUGCACGCGGGGGACUCCGCGCUGCUGGAGUGCAUGUCCUCAGGCAGCCCCCGACCCAAGCUGUCGUGGCUGAAGGACGGGGAGCCCCUGGUGCCCACGGAGCGGCACUUCUUUGCUGCCGACGCUCAGCUCCUGGUGAUCAUGGAGAGCCGGCCGUCCGACUCUGGCCAGUACGCCUGCGAGAUGGCCAACACCUUGGGGGUGGAGAGGGGCCUGUCCGUGCUGAGGGUCCUCCCAGCGAAAUCUCCACUGGGGCCGAUUGGUUCGGACACGGACGGUAUGACGACAGGCAUUGUGGUAAUCGUGGUGGUACUCUGCAUUGUGGGCACCUCCCUGGUCUGGGUGCUCAUCAUCUACAAGACGAGAAAGCGGCAGCGGAGGGACUGCGGUGGUGCUCUGCCACCUGGUGACCACCCCUCAGCCGCUAGGCCUGAGCACGAGCCCUUCCUGACGACAGGCGCCCACAACGACAUUGAGGCGUCUGCUCACGACCUCUGCACCGACACUGGCUCCGAGCGCUCUUCGAGUAAAGAGAGCGGUCAUCGGAGUACAGAGGACCUGGCUUCCCAAGUGGACAACAGCAGUCAGGUGUUCAUGCUGGGGGCCAACAGAGCAUCCUACUUCAUGAGAGACCAGCGCGACGGCAGCCUGAGUUCCACGAGCAGCAGCAGCCAGCAGACUCCCCCGACCUCCCGGGGGGUGUCGAGCUUCCGUCCCCGCACUGGCCUCUCGUCGUUGCAGACGACACCCCGUCGUCUGCUCAGGCAUCCCGUCGUGCUGGUCCACGGUGCGCCGCCCCCCGCAGCGGCGGCGCCUUCCCCCGGUGCCGGGGUCGAUGGGACCCGGCGCUGCCUCUCGGAGGGCGUCCUACUGGCCCGGGCAUCUCCGGACCGGCGGAGAGCAAGGAGGGGCUCGAGCGCGAGCAGCGAAAGCAGCGGCACCGCGGGGGGCAGCAGCGACGAGCGGGACUCGGGCUUCUCCACGUUCCCCCGCAGCGUCCGCAGUUGGAGUUCCGCAUCCCUACACUGCCGGUUACGGCCCAGAGAAGUUGUCAACGGCAGCAGCAGCAUGGCGACGGUGAGCGGCGGCGACUCUCAGCGCUCCUGCUCUCUCACGUCGGCGUCGGUCAGUCAGCAGGACGUCGGCUCCGCGCCGGCAGUCGCCGAACCGGCCACAGUCUACGGGACCCUGUCGCCGGGAAGACGACGCAAAACCCCGGUCGAGAUCGGCUGGAAGAGGUUACCCGGCCAGCCGGCCCGUGCCGCCGCCGAGACGGUGUAGCGACGGCACAACACCGAGAGGGCAGGAAUCGCCGCGAAAGUCGCGCGCUGACAUUUCGACGUGCGUGGAAGUCUCCGUGCUUUUGGUGGAGCGCCUCCGGUCGGACGCGGCUUCUCUAAAUCUCUCGAUGCUGAGCGACCUCCGUCGGCUCCGUCGUUCAAGCCGAACGCCGCGUCGGUGCACGGGCCGGUCGUCUGCUUCUUCCGUGUAGCGCAGCCAAAGAUAAUCUUAAAGAGAAAAACUACCCCGAGUGAUACGACGGGAGCGGCGAAGUUCCGAGGUAAAGGUAGCGGCGUCGUGCGCCAACGUUUUUGUGCCAUCUUGUCGGAGUUACCUGUCGUACCGUGUAUAUGUGUGUGUGUCUGUACAUAGCGAUAAUGUGCCUACGAGCGUAGUUGCACAGUGUACAUAGCGGUGCGCCGAGCUGCACCUUUAUUUAAAAGAAAGACGGUGUAAUUGUAAAAUGGUUGUUCGUGGUUGUAAAACAUAUCCGUGAAAAAGAGUUCCGCCAGACGCGCCGUUCCCCGCGGUUGUCGUUGUACCAUAGUCAUUCACGAGGCAUCGAGUCUAUUGUAUAGUGCCCGGCAGGGAGUAAAGACUUCAUCCGAAAGCGUCUGCGGUUCGACAGAGAUGAGCACCGCGGUUCGACGAUUUCCGCGGUGGGAGUCUAGUGGGCCGUCUUAUUCUUGGAAGCAUUUUGAACCGCGUCGCAAAUUUGCGACCGGUUGCGGCAACAAAUACACGAGUACCUGCGCCGCUAGACCCUGCCGCGGACCUCGCCGGAACUUCAAGCGCGGUGUUCUCCUAAGAAUACCUUCGAAAGUGUGUGUUAGCUCAAGCGUUCAUGUUCAUUCAUCAUUGUCAUUUCUCAGUCAGUGUAUAUAGAUGGUGUACAUAGAGGUGUAUAUAGCUUCCUUGAGGGAAGGCCGUUUGUAAUGUAACAUUAGUCACUCUUGAUGGCAUGAUGUCUUUUGUUUCUGUAUUUAAAAAAAAGAAAUGUUUUCAUAAAUAGGCAGUUUUUUUGUUUUUUUCUUUCACCACAUUAGUUGGUGCUCUGGUUUUGGUUAAUAGCAUUGGCCAUUGGCCCAAAUCACCAAUGGCAAAAUCUGCCGGCGGAUCUGGAACAGUCCGAAAGAUCUCCACGCUCACACUUCAAAGGUAGCAAACGGUAGCUCACGUUUGCAAAUUUGUAAGGAUGCCAGGAAAAAAGCGCAUCAAAAACCGCUCCAAAUUCUUCUGCGGAUCUUGCCACAACCUUGCGUUUUGGCUAUCAUUUCUUUCUUCUAAAAGGCUAUGAAUAUCAUGCCGACUGUUGUGCUACUAAAUACUAUCGUUAUUAAAGCUGUCUAGUAUCUCAACUAACCUUCUAGGAUCUGAGUCGUUCAUUAGGCAACAAGAGUUACAAAUUUAAUGUCUUUUCGGGAGUCCAGCAAUCGCAACCUACAGAAUAAGUAAACCACAAUUUGAGAUAGUUUUUUUUUUAUUAAUAUUCAACAUGUCCCUUUUUUAUGUCCUCUUACAAUUUGUGGUACAAAUCAUUUCUGCCUCUGUAGCUUAUUAAAGCCAGUCAUGAUAUGUGGCCUCAGACUGAACUAGUGUACAAGUUUCCACUCAGGAUGGAGAGGAAAAUGUGUGAAUUACAUUUCGCCUGGGAAAGAAUAGAGGAAGAAAAACAUUCCUUACUGAAGGGUUUGUCACAUUUCUGCAUUGUCAGCUCCGACAGAUACCUAGUGCCAAUUGUUCUGUUCUAUCAGGGUUUUUAGUUCUUUAAGUACCAAAAGAGAGGUGUGUCAUGUUCAGUGUUACAUAUAUAAAUAAAUAUAUAUAUAUAUAUAUACAUGCAUCUUGGUACUGUAGAUAAGUGUAAGUAACUGUAUUUAAAAAGUUUCAGCUUUUAUUUUUUUUUCUGAAGAAUUUAGAAUUAUAGUGCCACUGUAUUAUGCCAACUGCUCGAAACAGGUUUUAAGCAGUUGAUUCCGACAAAAGUGCCAUAUGUUUUUGCAAAAGAAAGCGUAUGUUCGAAAUAUCGGCUGCCAUACUCGAACGUAAAAGAAAAUGUUAUAUGCACCUUGUUUGUUUUCGCAUUGUUACUGGUUUUUGUAGUUUCUGAAUGAGCCGAGCCAAAUCUUUGCAUCUGUUGAAACUGUUUUUGAUUUUUGUUCACCUUGUUUGAUCUAGACGCCAGAUUGGGAACGGAGGCCAACGUAAAAUAUUUUGUUUGUUGCAAUGUGCAGUGGCAAUAUACGGAGUUGUAAUAAAACUCGGUAUGCACAGUA